CAAUAGCACAUGUCAUUCACCUUAGUGCUUUGCAGAUUAUGCUUGGUAUAUUUUCACAUUUUUUGAGGACUUAACGAGGUUUUGAAAGAAAUUUCUGCUGAUAUUUAAAUGCAUUCGCGUCUGGGUGACUAUGAUGAGUAAGGUUCCCACCCUGUGUACACAGGAGAAAUUGAAGGAAAAAAGACAAGGAAGUGGCCAGAUGGGGAAAUUUGAGUCUCUCACUGGGAUGGUGUGUUAUAGAUGUUGACAGAAAAGGAUGCUGGUCUUCAUCACUGCAAGGAUCAGGGGGCCUCAAAGAUCCCAGGUGACUCGAGGCCAGGACUGCCACGUGUUUCAGAGUAGACGACAAAAAACAUGUGCACCGCUGGCUUUGCAAGAUAGCAGUGGAAAAGAGUAGCACACUGAGCAUUCAUUUCAGGAACGGAACCAAAAAGGACACACGCCAUCUUCCAGUUUAAAGGAUGAAGUUCCUGUCAGCCUUUGUGACAUUUGAGAACCUCCAUGAGGUUCGGCGGUUGUGCCACUGGGGUCCAGUCAUAGCACUGUCUGUCAUUGCUAUAUGCUCAACCAUGGCAAUGCUGGACUCUAUUAUCUGGUACUGGCCCCUGGACACUACAGGGGGCAGCAUUAACUUCAUCAUGCUCAUCAACUGGACUGUGCUCAUUCUCUACAACUACUUCAAUGCUAUGUUUGUUGGACCGGGAUACAUUCCUCUUGGCUGGAAACCUGAGAAUCAACAUGAUGCUCAGUAUCUACAAUAUUGCAGAGUUUGCCAAGGUUACAAGGCCCCCAGAUCCCACCACUGUCGAAAGUGUAACAGAUGUGUUAUGAAGAUGGAUCACCACUGCCCAUGGAUCAACAACUGCUGUGGCCACUUAAACCAUGCUUACUUCACUAGCUUCCUGCUGCUGGCUCCACUGGGAUGCUCACACGCUGCCAUUAUCUUCAUUAUGACCAUGUAUACACAGCUGUAUGAGAGGAUAUCAUUUGGUUGGAGUACGGUAAAGAUUGACAUGAGUGCUGUGCGUCAGUUUCAGCCCCUCAUGCCCUUCAGUGUGCCUGCCUUUGCUGCCACUCUCUUUGCCUUAGGUUUGGCAUUGGGCACCACAAUUGCAGUCGGAAUGCUUUUCUUCAUUCAAAUGAAAGUCAUUCUCCGUAAUAAAACCUCAAUCGAAUCCUGGAUUGAGGAAAAGGCCAAAGACAGAAUACAGCACUACCAAACAGGGGAGGAGUUUAUCUUCCCAUAUGACCUCGGCGGCCGCUGGCUGAAUUUCAAGCAAGUCUUCACAUGGUCAGGGACACCGAAGGGAGACGGCAUUGUAUGGCCGGUUCAUCCUAAGUGUAACCAGCACACCUUAACUAUGGAGCAGUUGAAGCAGAAAGCUGAUAAAAGAGUUAGAAGUCAGGUCCAGUACCAGGUGGUGGAGGAUUAUAAUGGAGCCUGCUGCCCUCUCAGCAAGGGACUACAGACCUUUUUUAGAACCCCUUGCACUGAGGAACCCAGGAUCGCCCUCAAUAAGGGGGACAUCAUCCUGGCCACCCGUGGCACCAAAUGGUGGAUGUAUGGAGACAAAGUUUUGAAUGAGGAGGAAAUGAAAGCUGGAGAUCGCGUGCGCGGAUGGUUUCCGAGAAGAUGCGUUGAGAAGUGCCAUUAUGACACAGCUGCCAAUGAUGGCACCAGUGAUAAGAAAGUAAAUUAAUUCAUUCAGAGGCUUUAUGAGGUGUAGGAGAGUUAAGCUGAACAGAAUGUCCAUCUACUGAAGAUGUCUUGCCUCAGGCUGCAGGGCUCUACUCAAGAAUUUCCUACUCUAAAUAAAUAUGUCACCAUGUUUUUUGGCAUAAAUUGAUUUUAAAGUCUUAUUUAGCACUUGCUGUUAAAUGUCUAAAAAGGAAUAAAUGCUUUGUGUGAGGGUUUGGUUCGUCUCCUCUGACUGUAAUGAAAACCCAAUAAGAGUCUUAAUUUCCAAGAAUUGCCAAAAGGCUUUUAUGUGACUUUAUUAUGAUUGUGUGAUUGUUUUUAUUUUUACUUGAAUCUCUCUCUCUUUUUUUUGACUUUGGUUAUUUUUUUCUACUUAUGCAAUGCCCCUGCCCAGCUAACCCCAGGGCUUCAUAAUGCAACUCUUUCUACAAUAUGGAGAUAACAAUUCAUUACUUUUAUUUUUGUAAAAACCAAUGGUUUGCCUCAAAUUAUGAAUUGCAAAUUAAAAGAAUAAUCUUCCAUAA